AUGCUGGUUAUUCUGACUAUCUAUACUGAUUGUUCUGACUAUACUGAUUGUUCUGACUAUGCUGGUUAUUCUGACUAUACUGAUUGUUCUGACUAUGCUGGUUAUUCUGACUAUACUGAUUGUUCUGACUACACUGAUUGUUCUAACUAUAUUCAUUGUUCUGACUAUACUGAUUGUUCUGACUAUGCUGGUUAUUCUGACUAUACUGAUUGUUCUGACUAUACUGAUUGUUCUGACUAUACUGAUUGUUCUAACUAUAUUCAUUGUUUUGACUAUACUGAUUGUUCUGACUAUACUGGUUAUUCUGACAAUACUGGUUAUUCUGACAUUACUGAUUGUUCUGACUAUACUGGUUAUUCUGACUAUACUGAUUGUUCUGACUAUACUGGUUAUUCUGACUAUACUGGUUAUUUUGACAUUACUGAUUGUUCUGACUAUACUGGUUAUUCUGACUAUACUGGUUGUUCUGACUAUACUGGUUAA